UCGGCUGUGGCGUGGUUUGAAUGGUUAUCGCUGGUUCAAAGAGCAUCUCAAGACAGUCUUAUCCCGAGAUCCGGAACUUCUUAAAGUGGCACAGCAGGUUCGAGCUUGUGUCUCUCCUGCAAGUUCCGAAAACUUAAAACCAUUUUCUGCUCUGAAGUGAUGCGGAACCCCAUCUCAGGAUAGAAAAGCCAGUUUGCCCCCCCUCCCCCAUGUGCCUGGAGUCUCGGGAUUCGAACCCGUGGUCACCUGCCACCCAGGCUGCAACCCUAGAGCACCACCCUGUGGCCGAGCGGCUGCGAGGACUACAUUUCCCAGCAGGCCGUGUGAGGGUGCGCAUGCGCAGUAGCCCCGGGAGGUCAGCCUGAUGAUCCGGAUACCAGGCUGGGAUCCCGAAGAGUUGCUGAGUGUCCUGGAAGGACUGUCAGAGCGGAUCGCUCCAGCCCGGCCGGAGACGCGGGUACUGCGGCCCGCGCGGGCCCGGGCGGCUCCCGUGGGGCGGACCGAGGCCGGCGCCUGAGUUCUGGAGAAGGAGCCUGAGUUCCAAGGGCCCCAUGGGGAUUGAACCCGUCACCUGUAGGACCGUGGCUUGCUUGAGAGAUCUGCACCCAGAGCCCUUGUCUUCCAGCCCGGUGACGAUGCCGGCCUGAGCCUGGGUCCCAGGCAUGGAGUUCCUGCCAGCCUCCCAGCAUCCCCCUGGGCUCCCAGCCAUGGACCUGGAGGAACCCAAAGGCCCCGAGGUGCCCUCUGAGGACCACCCCCCUAGCUCCCAGGGGGCCUCUGGGCGGGGAGGACCUGUCCACCGCAGCGCGAUGGAGCUGGAGGCCUCGGGCGAGCAGGAGCUGGUCCGGCAGCUGGAAGCGCUUCCUGGUGACCUGGGUGGUCCGUCCCCAGAAGGAGACCCCUGUCCCCUCCACAUCGCCACUGGCCAAGGCCUGGCCGCCCGGGAGAGCGCCGACCCCGGAGGGCUGUUGUCCGCCGAGGCCGGCGGGGGUGACCUUCUGGGUCUGCUGAGGUGUGAGGCGUCUUCGCUGGCCCAGCCCGGGUCCCCAGACCCUCCACAGACCACGCCUCGCUUGCUGCAGCCGCCCGAGGACCCAGAUGGGGACCCGGGGUCCCCGGGGUGGAUGGAGGGGGUGUCGGCAGAGCCAGGCGACAGCCGGAGUUCCAGCAGCUCCCCGGAGCCCUGGCUGGAGACGGCACCGUUGGUGACCCAGCGAGAUCCACCUGUGGGUGCCCAGAGCCCCGAGACCCUGGCCGCAUGCCCUGCUGUCUCCGAGGUUCCGGGCCCCUGUGGACACGAGGAGCUCGUGGACGGCGUCCUCUUCGCCGCCAAGUACCUGGGCUCCACGCAGCUGCUGUCGGAGCGCAGCCCGCCGCCCAGCACGCGCAUGGCGCAGGCGCAGGAGGCCGUGGACCGCGUCAAGGCCCCCGAAGGUGAGACCCAGCCCAUGGCGGAAGUGGACAUCUUUAUCUCCACCAAGAGGGUCAAGGUGCUGGCCGCCGACUCCCAGGACGCCCUGAUGGACCACGCCCUGCAGACCAUCUCCUACAUCGCGGACAUCGGGCCGGUGCUGGUCGUGAUGGCCCGGAGACGGCUGGCCAGGAGGACCACGCCCCAGGACCGCGAACGGAGACUCUACAAGAUGCUGUGCCACGUCUUCCACUCGGAGGAUGCCCAGCUCAUCGCACAGGCCAUCGGCCAGGCCUUCAGCAUCGCCUACAGCCAGUUCCUGCGGGAGAACGGGAUAGACCCCAGCCAGGUGGGCACGCGGCCCUCGGCCGCCGCCAGCCACCCGCACAACGGUGACCUGGAUCACUUCUGCAACAGCCAGAACUGCAGGGAGGUCUGCAUCCAGAAGCGGCCCGGCGAGGGCCUGGGCGUCGCGCUGGUGGAGUCCGGCUGGGGCUCGCUGCUGCCCACCGCCGUCAUCGCCAACCUGCUGCACGGGGGCCCCGCCGAGCGCUCGGGGGCCCUCAGCAUCGGGGACCGGGUCACCGCCGUCAACGGGACCAGCCUGGUGGGGCUGUCCCUCGCCGCCUGCCAGGCCGCCGUGCGCGAGGUGCGGCGACACUCGUCGGUGACCCUGAGCAUCAUCCACUGCCCGCCGGUCACCACGGCCGUCAUCCGGCGGCCCCACGUGCGUGAGCAGCUGGGCUUCUGCGUGGAGGACGGCAUCAUCUGCAGCCUGCUGCGCGGGGGCGCGGCCGAGCGCGGGGGCGUCCGCGUGGGACACCGCAUCAUCGAGGUCAACGGGCAGAGCGUGGUGGCCAUGCCGCAUGCGCGCAUCAUCCAGCUGCUCACGGAGGCGCGAGAGAUUCACAUCAAGACCAUGCCAGCCGCCACCUACCGGCUGCUCACGGGGCAGGAGCAGCCCGUGUACCUGUGACCCCGCCCGCCGUGCCUUCGCCCCGCCGCCACCCCCGGCCCGCGGGGCCCCAAGCCUCAGCCUUGUGUGAUUUUUAAUGUUAAAAAAGAAAUUAAAGGUUUAUUAAAUGGU